UGUGUGUGUUUGUUUGGAAGUGAAAAAACAAGAUCGGCUGUUAUACUAAUUUUCACUCAGUUCAUUUUAGAAAUGUUGAUCUGAAUCAACACAUGUUAUUAUUAUGUGAUAACAUUCUUUUAAAAAAAUGAAAUGAAAUCGCCCUCAACCAGUUGUCACGUCAAUUUCAGUUCCUGGUGCUGUUUGUCAAUUUCAGUCCAGCUCGAGCUGCUGUUUUGCUAGAGUGCGCACGCAGACGCAGUAAAAGCAAAAGCUGCGUCAGGAACAUUAAACGAUGACGUAUCGGGAAGAAAUAAAAUAGGCUUCUAUUCAAACUCGGCAAAGUCACAUGAUAGCGCCCCACGUGUAAACGACGGGUGUGGCAGCUGGGAGGUUCAUAAUGUACCUGUACUGCAUUUCCAUUUUUCCCACGUCAUUUCUUAGAAAACGAAGCUCCUAAUUUCCUGGAGCCUGAGUAGAUUUCCACGCCCACAUUUCAGGGUCUUGUUCCUCUGCCGCCCCCCUCGCUUGUGUACCAGUGUAAAGCUGACAGUUUCGUUUCACAUUUUGCUCGGCUCUGCACACCCGGAUUGCACGGACAUCCUCCGAGUUCCAGACCCUGCUUUCAAAGUACAGGUCCUUACACAGAGCAAGGCAGGAGCGGCUUUGUGCAGAAAUGGCAGCAAACACUUCUCCUCUGGAGUCAGAUCUUUCCUGUGCUGUGUGCUGUGAGAUUUUCAAGGAUCCUGUAACUCUUCAUUGUAACCACAGCUUCUGUAAAGCAUGUCUGGAUCAGUGCUGGAAAGAGAAGAGAGCUCGGGAGUGUCCCGUGUGCAGGAGGAGGAGUUCAAUGGAGGAGCCUCCACUCAAUUUUGCUCUCAGGAAUAUUGUGGAGUCCUUCUUAAAUGAACGCAGUCAGAAACCUCCAGCACCUACUGGAAUACUCUGCAGUCUGCAUGAUGAAAAACUGAAGCUGUUCUGUGUGGAUGAUAAAGAGGCUGUCUGUCUUGUGUGUCAAACUUCAAAGAAACAUGAGAAUCACAAGUUCCGUCCUGCUCAGGAGGCUGCACAGGAUUAUAAGGAAGAACUCAAGACUGCGCUGAAGCCCUUGCAGGACAAGCUGAAAACCUUUAAUAAAGUUAAAAAUGAAUGUGAUAAAACAGCAGAGCACAUCAAGAAACAAGCCCAGCACACAGAGAGGCAGAUAAAGGAGGAGUUUGAGAAACUUCACCAGUUUCUACGAGAUGAAGAAAAGGCCAGGAUAGCUGCACUGAGGAGGGAAGAGGAACAAAAGGGAAGAAUCAUGAAAGAGAAGAUUGAAAAACUUACAAGAGAAAUCUCAUCCCUUUCAGACACAAUCAGAGUGAUAGAAGAGGAGAUGGAAGCUGAAGACAUCUUCUUCCUGCAGAAGUACAAAGACACACAGAGAAGAGCCGAGUGCACACUGCAGGAUCCACAGUGUGUUUCAGGAGCGCUGAUAGAUGUAGCCGAGCACCUGGGCUCUCUGAAGUACAAAGUGUGGGAGAAGAUGCUGGGGAUUGUUCAAUACACUCCAGUGACUCUGGAUCCCAACACGGCACACCCUGAACUGAUACUGUCUAAGGAUCUAACAAGUGUGAGACGCAGCGAUGAGUGGCAGGAGCUUCCUGACAACCCGGAGCGGUUUGAUAUCUAUGCCUGUGUGCUGGGCUCUGAGGGGUUCACUUCAGGGAAACACUGCUGGGACGUGGAACUUGGGAGCAAUACUGACUGGGCUCUGGGUGUGACUAAAGUGUCCAGCAAGAGGAAAGGGAAAUUCUCUACAAACCCAGGAGAAGGAUACUGGAUUAUAUCCGUGGAGGAUGGGGAUCAGUACUGUGCAUGGACCUCACCACUGACGCGACUCAUUGUGGAGAAGAAACCCCAGAAGAUCAGAGUUCAGCUGGACUGUGACGGGGGGGAGGUGGCAUUCUUUGACUCCAGUGAUAUGAGAAAACCUCUCUACACUUUUAAACACAGAUUUACUGAGAAGAUGUUUCCAUGGUUCUGUUCUGCUCCUCUCAGAGUGUGCCCUGUGAAGACAGUUACAAAAUUGGACUAGCCCAAUAUGUUCAACAUAAACAAUAGGGAUGAAUAAUAAUAAUAAUAAUUAUAAUCUAUUAAUAUUGAAAAGGAACGGAAACAUUUUAAAUUGAAAAUGAUGAUCAAAGUGACAAAUGUAACGAUGUUUAGAAAACUAUUAAAUACAGUCUAACAGAACAUUUUCACCCUCCUCCACCCCUCUCCCUCGUCACGUGACGCGGGUGUUUGGUCUGUGCUCCUCGAAUCCAUGUAGAAAUACAAUUACAAAAACUAGAACAUGAACUGGUUACAGAACAACACUGAAUAAAGAAUCUGCAUUCUGGAAUAAUAUUCAAUUAAACACAAUGCUCUAUUGAUGUGUUAUACCAUCUACAGCUUUGCAAGCUCUGUAAAUAAUAACUCCCUCAAUGCUGAAUGAAUGAAUGAAUAAUGAUUGCUGGGCUGGUCCGCGGCGUUGUUGAAUCGAUCAGGAUAUUGUAUCAUUUAAUUGGUAAAUGUAUAGCUGUAAUAACUUGGAAGCUGCACAUUGUGAUCGUGUGGAUGUGUGUCUUUUGUGGCCGCUGUGAAACGGUCCCGCAAAUCACUGCUCCCGGAACACAAAGGAUCGGUUCACUGCCCUCCCUUUGAUUUAAUGAAUGAUUUUUUUUUAAUAAUAAAAAGUAUAUAUUUUAAUUUGGA